AUGGCUGCCACCGCACCACCCAUCAAGCUCUACACAAGCCACCAGUGCCCUUGGGCCCAACGUGCCGAGAUCAUCUUGGCCGAGCUCAACAUCCCGCAUGAGCAAGAGCUCAUUGACCUCGCCGUUCCGCGCACUGAGGAGUACCUCAAGAUCAACCCGCGCGGGCUGGUCCCGUCCCUGGCCUACGGCGAUGAGAUCAUCACCGAGUCGGCCAUCGUCGCGCAGUUCAUUGCCGACCUGAACCCGUCGCACCUUCUCCCGGCAUCGGCGGACCCCCAGGCGGCCCUCAAGCGCGCGCGCAUCGCCUUCUUCGUCGACACCUUCGUGUCCAAGCUCGGCCCGCACUUUGGCAAGCUCCAGUUUGCCCCGCCAGGUGCUGAUCUGGACGCUACCGCGCAGGCCUAUGUCGACAACGUGGUCAAGGAGAUUGAUCCCCUUCUCGCAGACGCGGCGCCGUUCUUUGGUGGCAGUGACAAGAUCACGCUCGCAGAGGUGCAAACUGGUUCCUUCGUCAUUCGCCUCCUGAGGCUUCCGAAGCACGACAUCAUCAAGGAUCUCUCGGCAGAGCUCCAGACCAAGGCGCCCAACUUCUAUCGCUGGGCAACGGCUGUCGCCGAGGUUCCAUCGGUCAAGAGCACUUUUCCUGAGGAUGACGUUGUCGCGGGCAUCAAGCGCAAGCGGGCUCAGUUUGCCGCGCAGGCGAAGGCUUGA